AUGAAGUUCUCCACCUCGGUCGCGCUCAGCGCCACCGCCUCAACUGUUUUGGCUGCGAUCAUUCCUCAACAGGCACCACUCGGCCCGUCGAUCGUUCAGAAUACGCAGCAAGCCAAGUGGUUGAUUGAAUUGGCGCCCUAUCAAACCCGAUGGGUGACCGAAGAGGAGAAGUGGGCGUUGAAAUUAGACGGCGUUAACUUCAUUGAUGUCACUGAUGAGUUCCAAUCUGGCUCCUAUGGCGCGCUCCACACCACUCGCGUCGUUCGCUAUCCCGUCGAGAUGAAGCACGUGCAGGAGGUCGAGCCGCUGACCAGCGACUUGUCCAAGAGCAACAUGAGGCAGAACCUGGAGGACUUUACGUCCUUCCAUACUCGCUACUACAAGUCUCAAACUGGCAUCGAAUCCGCCGAGUGGCUGUUUGGCCAGGUUACUCAGGUCGUCCACGACUCGGGUGCUGCCGAAUACGGGGCAACUGUCCAGCGCUUCGACCACCCGUGGGGCCAGUUCAGCAUUAUCGCACGCGUUCCCGGCCAGACCAACAAUACCGUUGUGCUGGGUGCCCAUCAGGAUAGCAUCAAUCUUUUCCUCCCCUCCAUUUUGGCAGCGCCCGGGGCCGACGACGACGGCAGUGGUACCGUCACCAUUUUGGAAGCGCUUCGGGCCCUGCUGCGGUCUGAAAUUAUUGCCCAGGGUCACGCUCAGAACACAAUCGAGUUCCACUGGUAUUCCGCCGAGGAGGGUGGUCUGCUGGGCUCGCAAGCCGUCUACUCACAGUACAAGAAAACCCAGCGCCAAGUCAAGGCCAUGCUGCAGCAAGAUAUGACGGGCUAUGUGCAGGGUACAUUGGACGCCGGCCAGAAGGAGUCGGUCGGAGUCAUUGUCGACUAUGUUGACCAGGGUCUCACCACGUUCAUUAAGGAGGUGAUUACUACCUACUGUGAUGUCCCCUAUGUCGAGACCAAGUGCGGCUACGCCUGUUCCGACCACGCCUCCGCCAGCCGCUUCGGCUACCCGUCUGCCUUCGUAAUCGAAUCUCAGUUUGAGAACUCAGACAAGAAGAUCCACACCACCGACGACCAGAUCAAGUACCUCAGCUUCGAUCACAUGCUGCAACACGCCAAGAUGAGCUUGGCGUUCGCCUACGAACUGGCGUUUGCACCAUUCUAA